UGGAUACAACGCGAGCCUUUUUCGAUUGACAAGGUCGACUAAGGGGAAGAGGAACAGUGAUACUGAGCCCUGGACCAAGGGAAGGGCCCGUAUUCCGGAGGAGAUGGCCGGGCAACGGCGCGACUCAAUCAGGAGAGGCUGCGUGAUCAUGACGAGGCCUACGGAGAAGGUACUAUAUACACACACACACACACGGUGUGUUUGUGUAUAUAUACAUGCAUACAUAUACACACAUUUAUACAUCCUUAUUGGUUCCAAGAACAAAAUUACUUGCUCCAUUAUUUUGUAUGUAGGGAAAUAUUCCCAUUUGUUCCAAGCUCGGGUCAAGUUUUAUAAUGAAAAAGUUGUGUAACACAUUAAAAUAUUCUUAAUAGGAAUGAAUCACAACAUCGUAUGUAAAGUGAUAUUAAAAAUAAUGACUUAAUAAAUUCCUGACGAUAGUGUGCACGGAUUGGCAUGAGGAAGAUGAAGGUUGUGUGUCACUUUUUAAUACAUGAAUCACGAGAAGAGCAACAUUUGACAGUGGUGCAAAACAGGAUGCAGAUGCAUCAUUGAAAAGGGUAGAACGAGUUCUUCGAGAACGCUUCUCCACAUCGUGGUGUCGCCGCGUCACCGUUACGUUGCGGGCUUGCGUCCAUUGGUGAGGACCGCUAGGCUCGGCAAAACGGGUGAAACGGAUGGAGCAAAACCUCUCUUUAAAGCUGGAUUUUUCGGUCCAAAAGUUGUGUGUUUUGUUAACGAUGCAAAACAAUGCAGUGCAAUUUGUGGUAGCUGCACUCUAUGUGUCUCUGAGGGUAUAAGAAAUACCUGAUAACCGCCACCUCUUGAAGCCCAAGCCCUGCUGAGUGACUGGAUGUCCUGCAAAUUGAGAUCAAUCCUCGAAGCAGAAGAGCACGAGUGUGAGGAAGGCACCCCUGAGAGUAACAGACCUCCCGAAGAGUCACAACUUCUGCAUUUCUCCAGUUUUGCAGAUCUCUACUCGCACUUGGAUGAGGAAGUGGAGAGCGCCUCAGUGGAUCGUUUCCUACAGGAGCUCAUGGAGAAGGAAGUCGCUGGUCGCGGGAUGCAGCGGGACCUUCGAGUGGGUACAGAAAGAGAGGGAAGAAAAAAGCAGAGAGACCCACGCGUUGCCAUGGAAAUCCGCCACCAGCAGGUUCGUGAUAAACGGGCGCAAAAGGAUGCAGAGCGGGCACAGAAGCGCAGGGAGGACAAAUUGCGGAGGGAGGCGUGGAAGGAGGCACGGCUGAGGGAGCAACAGGAGCAGAGCAAGAGGAGGCAAGUGGCGCUUCGACAGGAGAAGUUGCUGCAACAGGAGGUGGUUCGACUACGUAGAGAGAUGGAGGAGAAGAGGAGUGUGGAGAAGCAAGCCUGGCUCAUGGAGAAGGAGAGGCAGGACAAGAGGACGACUGACCAGGACUCAGGGUCCAACCAGUCCACCACCCAGCAACAGCAAGAGCAUAAGGACACAGAGCAACUGCGCAAGAUGCAGAUGGUUGAGUCCAGAAUCCACAUGAUGGAACUGAGGUACCUGCAGAGGCACUUCUCCAGGUGGCACUCUGCAGUACUCAGGAGGCAGGUGCAGAUGGGCAAAGCAGCGGCUCUCGCUGACUGGAGGAACCAGCUGAGGGCAUGGCGAGCGUGGAAGGCGCUGGUGUGGACCAAGCGUGUGCAACGAGAGGUGGAGAGAACAGAGGAGGACCUGCGGUCUGAGAACAGGCAGUGCCAGACAGCGCUGGAGAGUGACCGCCGGCGGCUGCUCAAGCGGUGCUUGAACAGUUGGCAGGCUUGGUGCUGUAUGGAACGAGGUCGACGGGAGAUGCUGUCUCAGCGGGAGGAAACGCAGCGCAGGAUGGAAGCGCUCAUUGACGCUGCCGCAGCAGGAAGGUUGAGGGCGGCUGAGCCAGCGGCCCCUCCUGAAACACCUGUCCUGCCACCUUCAGCCCAGAAGCAGGCAGGCCAAGUAGAGAAGGCGACGGUACGCUGUCCUCUCCUGCCCGCGGCAGCCUCUCCGGGACGGCGCCGCUGUGCGCAUGCCCACGGUAAUGACUCGGGGCGCAGUCGCACCCCACAGGAAGACGUGCCGAAGGAGCCGACGGAGCAGAGCGCGAGACCACGCGAGACGCAGAGAAUCCUGGGAUUGAAGCAGGAGGCAGAGAUGGGUCAGGGGACUGUGGAGGCCUGCGCCCCCGUCCAGGAGCCCAGCUGCAGAGGCCACAGAGACGGUCAGCAGAAGGUCCAGAGAGAAGUGUGUGUUUCUCAGACCGCACCCAGAACACCUUCGGUUCAACCACCCAGUCCCCACCCCGUGGUUAGAGCCAUGGAGGAGAGAGCUAAACUGCGGGCGGAGCGCAGGAAGGAGGUGGAAGAGAUGAAGAGGAGGAGAGAGGAAGAGCGACUUGCCCAGCUGAAGGCAGAAGAGGAGGCAAGAUGUAGGGAGGAAGAGGAAGAGAAGCAGGCUGCAGCAAAAAGGAAGAAGGAAGAGAAGAGGCUGGAGAGAGAGAGGGAGCUGGAGAAGCAGUGCAGGCUGGAGCAGCAUCGCCAGAAGGUCGGCCGAGCCCAGGAGCAGUACCGACAAGCUGCGCUGCGCCACCGUGGACUGGAGCCCUGGAAACGACUCGUGGAACAGAGGCGCGCCGACGAACACCGGGCCCAGGAGCACCACAGACACUGCGUGCUCAGACGCUGCCUCCUGUCCUGGGCGCAGUGUGUCGCUGCAGCAUUGGCUGAGAAGGAGGCUCGGGCCGCUACACUCUACAGGCACAUUGUGCUGCGCAGGAGUAUGUGCCACUGGCUAAAGCUGAAGGACCUGGCUUCGCUCCAAGAGGAGAAGGCCGAUCGGUUCUUUUGUGACCGCACCCUGAGGAAGACCCUGAUGGCGCUAGCGAGUCAUGCGACACAGCAGAGGUGUGACACGUGGGAUAAGGAGCGCUUGGCUCAGGAGCACAGUGACAGGAGACUCAUGCGCACAUGUUUCCGGGCAUGGCGGGCUCUGCCCCUCGUACUGCGGCAGGAGAGGGAGAAGGAGGAGCGCAGGGAACACCUUCGUCGACGGGUCGCCGAGGUCCUGCCCGACUUCCACGCCUCCCCCCGAGUGUUGUUAUGGUAACUGCCUCCACCUA